AUGCCUUUGGUAGACGAUGGCUUCGAGGCCCUUCUGGAGCCCUUCUACAAUGGCAAGAAGCUUACUGAUCCCAUCUCCACCAAGGAGGAUAAAUUCCAACUCCUCCCAGCCUUCCUCAAGGUUAAAGGCCUUGUGAAGCAGCACAUUGACUCAUACAACUUCUUCGUCGAACAAGAAAUCAAAGACAUCGUGCGGGCCAACCGAACUAUCCGCAGCGAUGUGGACAGUAACUUCUGGCUUGAGUUUACCGAUAUUCGAGUCGAUCGUCCCCGACGCCAAGACUGGAAAGAUGCCAAGUCCCACACCGAGGUUACUCCCAUGGAGUGCCGUCUCCGAGAUAUGACAUAUGCGGCGCCUAUUCUAGUUGAUAUUGCGUACAUCCGAGACAAGCAAAGGAUUGUGAGGAAGGGAGUGCCUCUAGGUCGGAUGCCUGUCAUGUUGCGCAGCUCCAAGUGCCGGCUGAGCGGCGCAACCAACACCAAGAUGGAGCAGAUGAACGAGUGCCCCCUAGAUCCGGGUGGUUAUUUCAUCAUCAACGGCACCGAGAAGGUCAUCUUGAUCCAGGAACAGCUCAGCAAGAACCGAGUUAUUGUCGAGGCCGACGAGAAGAACAACAUCAUCUCAGCAUCUGUCACCAGUUCGACCCACGAGCGAAAGUCAAAGACCUAUGUCACGUUGAAGAAGGACAGAAUUCUCCUCACCCACAAUGUUCUGGUGGAGGGUAUCCCGAUCGUCAUUAUCCUCAAGGCCCUGGGUGGACUUUCAGAUUACGAGAUCAUGCAGCUUGUAGCCGGAUCCGACGGACGAUACCAGGACGAAUUUCUCAUCAAUUUUGACGAAGCAACAAAAGUCGGAAUUCAUACUCAGCACCAAGCACUGGAGUACAUUGGCGCCCGUGUCAAGAUGGGCUCCCGCAAGGGGCAAUUCGGCCCACAAGUGCGACGUAACCAUGUCGAGGAAGGCUUGGACGCUCUUGCAAACCUCGUCAUUGCCCAUGUUCCCAUUGAAGGCCUUGACUUCUACCCCAAGGCUAUCUACGUUGCUAUGAUGACUCGAAAAGUUCUCAUGGCUGCCCACAACCCCAAGUUGGUCGACGACCGAGAUUUCGUGGGAAACAAGCGACUGGAACUUGCUGGACAGCUUCUUUCCCUACUAUUCGAAGAUUUGUUCAAGCGUUUCAUGGUCGAGGUCAAGAUGUCGAUUGACAAGUUCCUCAAGAAGAACAAUCGCGCAGUUCCUCUCGAUGCUGUCCAUAUGAUAAGCAACCAUGCCAACAACAUCGGAAUUGGAAUCAACCGAGCGAUUCAGACUGGCAAUUGGAGUGUGAAGCGAUUCAACAUGAACCGUGCUGGAGUCACGCACGUUUUGAGCCGCCUUAGUUACAUCGCUGCGCUUGGUAUGAUGACUCGAAUCAGCAGUCAGUUUGAAAAGACUCGAAAGGUGUCUGGUCCCCGAGCUCUUCAACCGUCGCAGUGGGGCAUGCUUUGCACUUCUGAUACACCUGAAGGAGAAGCCUGUGGUCUGGUCAAGAACUUGGCUCUGAUGACACACAUUACUACCAAUGUUGAUGAAGAACCAGUUAAACGGUGGAUUUUUACACUUGAUGCCGGCGUUGAGCCCAUUCGCAACUUUUCCGGAGCCGAGAUGCACCGAGAAGGAAGCUACAUCAUCCACGUUAACGGCACACCAUUCGCACUAACGCGGUACCCAAAGCGAUUCGCGCACAAGUUUAGAACAAUGCGCCGAAGGGGCUGGAUAUCUCCGUUUGUCGGCAUCAAUAUCAACACUCACUUCAGUGCCGUUCACAUUGCCACCGAUGAAGGACGAAUCUGUCGACCCUACAUCAUUGUCAAGAAUGGCGAGCAGAAGUUGAAGCCAGAGCACCUCCGUCUGCUUCAACUUGGAAAAGUCAGUUUCGACGAUUUCCUCAACCAUGGUAUCGUUGAGUAUCUUGACGUGAACGAGGAGAAUGAUGCUCUUGUUACCCUCUACGAGCAUCAAAUAACAAAGACCACCACUCAUCUGGAAAUCGAACCUUUCACAAUCUUGGGCGCAGUCGCUGGUCUGAUUCCAUUCCCUCAUCACAACCAAUCCCCCAGAAACACCUACCAAUGUGCCAUGGGUAAACAAGCCAUUGGAGCAAUCGCAUACAACCAGUUCAACCGAAUCGAUACCCUGCUGUACACACUCGUAUACCCUCAGCGGCCGAUGGUCAUCUCCAAAACUAUCCAGCUCAUCGGAUACGACAAGCUUCCCGCAGGCCAAAACGCUACCGUUGUUGUCAUGUCCUAUUCUGGAUACGAUAUUGAAGAUGCCUUGGUUCUCAACAAAGCCUCGCUUGAUAGAGGGUUUGGGCGAUGUCAAGUCUUCAGAAAGUAUACCACAGAGCUCCAGAAAUACCCGAACGGACGGAGAGAGCGAAUUGGCGACCCCCUCAACGAGGGAGAAGGAAAGGUCAAGCAUCGUAUUGCUAAGCAUGAGGCCCUCGAUGAUGACGGCCUGGCAAUCGUGGGAUAUAAAAUCCAUUCUGGUGAAGCCAUGGUGAAGAAGGAGACGCCCCUUGAUCAGACGACCACUGGGAUCGGAAUGGAUCGCGGGCCUAGUGAAUACCGUGACUCAGCUGUUUCAUACCGAAUUCCAGACCCGGCAUACAUCGACAAGGUUAUGAUCUCACAGACCGAGAAGGACACCACCGUCAUCAAGGUCCAGACCAGACAGACCCGUCGCCCUGAGCUCGGAGACAAGUUUUCAUCUCGUCACGGUCAGAAGGGUGUGGUGGGUAUCAUUGUCGACCAGGAAGAUAUGCCUUUCGCCGAUACUGGUCUGACCCCCGAUAUUAUCAUGAACCCUCACGGUUUCCCCUCUCGAAUGACCGUCGGAAAGUUGCUCGAGUGUCUGACGGGUAAAGCGUCAAUUAUUCAUGGCCGUCCGGACUACGGAUUUGGCGAUGCCUUCCGAUCUCACCCAGUCGAAGAGAUGAGUCAGGUGCUCCUUGAUCACGGUUUCUCGUGGGAGGGCAAAGACUACUUCACAUCUGGUCUCACUGGCGAGCCGCUCGAAGCGUACAUAUUUAACGGGCCUAUCUAUUACCAACGUCUGAAACACAUGGUGCAAGACAAGAUGCACUCUAGAUCUCGCGGCCCCCGAGCCAUCUUGACCCGACAGCCUACCGAGGGUCGUUCCCGAGAUGGUGGUCUGAGACUGGGUGAAAUGGAGCGUGAUUGUCUGAUUGCCUAUGGCGCCUCGCAGCUUCUCCUGGAGCGUCUGAUGAUUAGCUCCGACGGAACGGAAAUUGACAUUUGUCAGCAGUGCGGUCUGUUUGGAUACAAGGGUUACUGUCACACAUGCAAGAGUACCCGAGAGGUGACGAAGAUGACGAUGCCGUAUGCGGCAAAGUUGCUUGUGCAGGAACUCAUCAGCAUGAACGUUGGCGUGCGGUUACAGAUGGAGGAUGAGUUCCCGCACCCGCGGUAG